AUGACAGUUGGAGAUGAAGUAUUAGAUGUACCUGGUAUAUUGAAGCAUCAAACUGGGCGUCGAAAUACAACUUUUGGUGUAGACUUUCAAGAACAAGUUCACCAAUUAAAUGUACAGAUACCACCUAUUAUAUUAAAGUGUGUAGCUGAGGUAGAGAAAAGGGGAAUGGAAGUUAAGGGUUUAUAUAGAGUGUCUGGUGUAAAAAGUACAGUAGAAAAACUGUGUCAAAGAUUUGAAAUUGAUCCUACAUCAGUUAUAUUAGAUGAUGUACAUCCCAAUGUGUUAUCAAGUGUAUUAAAACAAUAUUUGAGACAUCUGCCAGAGCCACUGAUGACGUUUAAGUUAUAUCCAGAGUUUAUAAAAGCAGCCAAGGAUUUCAUGGAAAAGAGAAUAACAAAUGACCAAGCUGUUGAAAACUAUCAUUAUAUUGUACAAAAGCUUCCCAUAUCAAAUCAUAAAACAUCAGCUGUAUUGAUGCAUCAUUUACAAAGAGUGGCAUCUCACAGUGAAAAAAACCAAAUGAGUGCAGCCAAUCUUGGUAUAGUGUUUGGUCCUACUUUGUUGAAACCCCAUGAAGGUAGUGCAUCAUUAGCAACACUAGUAGAUACUCCUCAUCAAACAAAUGCUAUAGAGAUGUUGAUAUCUUCAGCACAGACAAUAUUUGGCCCUGCUGACCAGUUCCUUAUAGAACAUGGUGAAACACCAAUAGAAAAUAUACCAGAAUUACAGGUCACACAAUGUGAUAAGAUGCCUGGGUUGUCACAAGACAAGCAUCUUGAGAUGAAGCUAGAGGAAAGAACUAUUCAGAGUGAGGAAAGUGAGAAAAAAAGUGAAACCAGUUCCUCCAAAGAUAUAUCGAGAUCAACAAAAACAGAUAAGAAUGUUGACUAUGGAUUACCAGGUUGUACCACUGAUGUAUCAUCAUUCUCACUGAAACAGGUGAAUACUAAUGAGAUUUCAACAUUGUACACUCAACCAACUUAUGGUGCAGUAUCCUUAGUACCAUCCAUAUCUGUCACAGAUAGAACUGAUGUGAAUUUAACAGUUACAGAAAAAUUACCAUCUCAUCUCAAACCAACUGCUUUUGAAUCCCAAAAUGUAUCUAAUGUGGUUGUUGCAGAGAUACCCGAUAAAAAAGGCACCAAACCUAAAACUUCUAGUCUACCAUGUUCCAAACGCUCUCAAAUGGUUAAAUAUUUGCCAAAAGCUUCAAAAGCAGAUGUACCGAAGGGGGUUUCAUGUUCUAGUUCUACCUGCUCGAGAUCAGAACCUAUUACCAAAACAUCCCCAAAAAUCUCUGUAAAAUUUAAAAAUAUCAAUUUUCCCAUAGCUAAAGCUACAAUAGUGUCUAAAAUUAAUCCUAGUAAAUCAUCUAGUCAUGUACAAAGCACUGAAUCAAAAUCUGCAUCUGGUCAGACCUUGGCUUCAAAGAUACCAGGUAGUGGGUCAGAGAUUACUAAAUAUUCUAACAGUCCCAGUGGAAAGUCCAAAGGCACUAAAGUUGAAAAACAAAUUAGUAACGUUAAAAAAACAGAAUCGGGUGAAAAGUCAAGGUCCCCACAAUUUGUAUAGACAUAUUUAAGCUAUAUCUAUAUUAUAUUGAUUUUAUUUAUAUAAUGAUGUAAAAGAACUGUAUUUACUACACCAAAUAUAAUUAUUAUCAAUCAAACUGCAGUUGUGAAAAUGUCUGUUUUUAAGAAUUUAAUUACAAUGUUUUGGUCUAGAUCAAGUUUAUAUUCAAGUUAUAUUUUGAAGUUUUCUGUAUCAAAUAACAUUACAGAAUAGAUGGAAAAUAUUGCUUAUAUUAUGCAUUAGGCAUUUUUUAUGACUAUCACUAAAAUCUUUAACCAUUUUAUUGAGAUAUAUAGAUAUAUACUAAUUAAUGUAACCAGAAAGGUAAAGAUGUACAUUGAGUAGUAAAAUUAUUACUUAUUUACACAGACCCAGUGACUUGAACAAAAAUACAGGAAAGCAUAUGUUAAAAAAAAAAAUUCCCAUGAGGGGGCCCAACUCAUUAAGUCCAAAGUCCCCCACUAAUCUAGUUGCAGCCACUGCAAGGACCUGAUAUCUGAAAUAUUAUCUUUGUAGGUUUUAUUUCUAGGUAAACUUUUAGAAUUGUUUAAAACAUUCUGGAGAUUACUUGAUUAACUAUGAUGACCUGAUAUAUAAUAACACAGUCAAUUAUAGCCAUGAAAUAAAGAUUGGACAAUUCUUUUC